CCGAUCAACCUAUAUAAGGAAACCCCGAAGCUCCCGUACGAGGCUGAGCAAGCGGCGGCGCAGCACAGCAGGAGGACAGGAGGGGAGCCGGCGCCGCCGUCGCUGCCACCAUGGGUAUCUCUCGUGAUUCCAUGCACAAGCGCCGCGCCACCGGCGGCAAGCAGAAGGCGUGGAGGAAGAAGCGAAAGUAUGAGCUUGGCCGUCAGCCUGCUAACACCAAACUCUCCAGCAACAAGACAGUAAGGAGGGUGCGUGUCCGUGGAGGUAAUGUGAAAUGGAGGGCCCUUCGCCUUGAUACUGGCAACUACUCAUGGGGAAGUGAGGUUGUGACCCGCAAGACCCGUAUCCUUGAUGUGGUCUACAACGCAUCCAACAAUGAGCUUGUGAGGACUCAGACCCUUGUGAAGAGUGCCAUCGUGCAAGUUGAUGCUGCCCCCUUCAAGCAGUGGUACCUCACGCACUAUGGAGUGGACAUCGGUAGGAAGAAGAAAACCCCUUCUGCCAAGAAGGAGGGUGCUGAGGGUCAGGAGGGUGAAGCGGCCACUGAGGAGACCAAGAAAAGCAACCAUGUCCAAAGGAAACUUGAGAAGCGUCAACAGGGACGCACGCUUGACCCCCAUAUUGAAGAACAAUUUGGAAGUGGAAGGCUGUUGGCUUGCAUUGCUUCCCGCCCUGGGCAGUGUGGACGUGCUGAUGGCUACAUCCUUGAGGGGAAAGAGCUGGAGUUCUACAUGAAGAAGCUGCAGAGGAAGAAGGGCAAGGGCGCCGCAGCUUAGAGUGCUAGUCUUCUGAAUCUGUUGGUUCUGAACCAGAAGGAUUGCCCUUCCUUGUUACUUGGAUACUGUUAGUUUUUUUUUGUCUGAGAUUCUAUAUUAUGUUUUCAGACUAAUGAUCGUCUCUUUUUGUCCCGGAAAUGAAGUCUAGCUCAACUACUUGAGAAUGUUCCAGUUUCCUGGAUGAUAGAUUAAUGUGUACUUCUGCCGAUUAGUUCAUAAUUUUGACAGCUAUUUCCCAUGA